GAGCAAUAGUUGAUCACCAUACCUAACCCUGACGAUGGAAAGUGGACUGAUGCAUCCCUAGGCUGGCUUGUGUUCUUGGCCCAAGCUCCCGUUCAAAAUCCCCACAUUUUUUACUGCUUCCCUGCCAAGAGCCUUUCCAUUGUCUGUGGCUGGUGCUUCCCUCGCCUCACCGCACACUGAGACGUUGAGGCCAGUCUGUCCCGUCAACCCGCAACCCCUCGCUGCCACAGUUGCUCAAGGUUCAGGCGACAGCUGUCCCGACCGACAUAACCCUGAGACACCAGCCCAGGGAGCUCUGCUCCACUAGCCACCACGCCUCACGACUGACGUCCGUCAGUCAACCGCCAUUCUUGCCAUCUUGCCAGGUUGCGCAAAUCACCAAACUUUGCUCAAAAUCGGCCGCCCUGUUAUUACCGUGCUGAGGCUGCACGCACUGCUCGCGCCUUGAUCAUCACGACACCUCGCUUUCUUCAGCCGACACCUGUCCAGCACAGCAUGUCUGGUGCUUCCAACGACGGCUACGGCCAAUACCCGCCCCAGCAGCCCGGCGACCACCAGCAGCAACCUCCAUAUCCCGACCAAGCCUACGAUAACGCUGCCCCCGUCGCCCCAGGUCACGCCGCCGAUCACGGCAGAAAAAAGAAGAGACAAUAUGCCGCCAGCGCUUUCGACGUCGGCGUGGGGGGUAAUGUUGUAGCGGGAGGGCAGCCCGUCCCAGGGGCAGCUCCAUAUGGAGCUCCAGCUGCUGUUCCAGCUUAUGGAGGUUAUCCCGCGCAACCAGAGGUCCAGCCAGCCGCCUAUGGCGCUCAACCUGCCCAGCCAUACGGUCAGCCCGCUGCUGUCGGCGGUUACCAGGCUCCGGAUCCCUACUAUCCCUCGGCCGGAGCUGUCCCGGCUCCUGGCGGCGUUGCCGGUCUGACUGCCGGUUUCCAGGGCAUGAACCUGGGUGCUGGUGCUCCCGGCGGUAUUCCACAACAGCAACCGCAACAGCUCCCCCCUCAGGCGAGAGCUGGUCCUUUGAAUCAGCUUUACCCGACUGAUCUCCUCAACCAGCCAUUCAAUGUGUCUGAAUUGGACCUCCCUCCACCCCCCAUCAUCCUGCCUCCCAACGCGAGCGUCACCCCAUCCCCAGAUGCGAACUGCCUUCCCAAGUACGUGCGAUCCACGCUCAAUGCCGUUCCAACGACCCACAGCCUCCUCAAGAAGAGCAAACUUCCCUUUUCGCUGGUGAUCCAACCCUAUGCCGCCCUCCACGAUCUCGAUGACCCCGUCCCUGUGGUCCAAGACCAAGUCAUCUCCCGCUGCCGGAGAUGCAGAUCCUACAUCAACCCCUUCGUGACCUUCUUGGAUCACGGCCACCGGUGGAGAUGCAACAUGUGCAACCUCACCAACGACGUUCCCCAGGCCUUUGACUGGGAUGCUGCUGCGCAGAAGAGUGUGGACCGGUGGCAACGGCACGAGCUCAACCACGCCGUGGUUGAGUUCGUUGCUCCUCAGGAGUACAUGGUCAGACCACCCCAACCGCUGGUCUACCUGUUUUUGUUUGAUGUCAGCUACGCUUCCGUCUCUAGCGGUCUCCUGGCCACGGCAGCCCGCACUAUUGAGGCCAGCCUCGACAGAAUACCGAACGCUGACCGCCGUACCCGUCUCGGCUUUAUGGCUGUCGAUUCGAGCCUGUAUUACUUUUCGGUCCCCAAAGACACGGACGAGAAUGGCGAAACAAGCAUGCUCGUGGUUAGCGAUCUUGACGAGCCCUUCCUCCCGGUUCCCGGCGAGCUGUUGGUUCCCCUGACCGAGUCCCGCCAGAGUAUCGAAAACUUCCUCACCAAACUUCCCAAGAUGUUUGAGCAUAAUCAGGAUAAUGGCUCUUGCAUGGGCUCUGCUCUACGUGCAGGAGACAAACUGAUCUCUCCCUUGGGUGGCAAGCUUGUCGUUUUGAGCGCAUCACUGCCUAAUGUCGGACACGGAAAGCUCACAAUGAGAGAGGACAAGAAGCUUCUGGGCACUUCUAAGGAAGGCUCUCUGCUUCAGACUGCCGCGACGUUUUACAAGUCCUUUGCGGUGGAGUGUUCCAAGAACCAGGUGUCGAUUGACAUGUUCCUCUUCUCAUCGCAAUAUCAGGAUGUGGCUUCUCUGAGCAAUCUCCCGAGAUAUACGGGUGGUCAGACGUGGUUUUAUCCUGGGUGGAACGCUGGGCGUGCCGAGGAUGCUAUCAAGUUUGCCUCUGAAUUCAGGGACUAUCUGUCUUCGGAGAUUGGGUUGGAAGCUGUCCUUCGCGUGCGUGCUACUACCGGCUUGCGCAUGAGUACGUUUUAUGGCAACUUUUUCACCCGAAGCUCCGACUUGUGUGCUUUCCCAGCAUUCCCUCGCGACCAGUGCUAUGUGGUGGAGGUGGCGAUUGAUGAGAAUUUGACCAAGGAUGUUGUUUGCAUGCAGACGGCCGUCUUGCACACGACUUGCAACGGCGAGCGCCGCAUCCGCGUCAUGACGCUUGCUCUGCCCACCACGACCAACCUUGCCGAUGUGUACGCUUCGGCCGACCAGGCCGCCAUCACGACAUACUACACGCACAAGGCUGUUGAAAGGGCAUUGGGCAGCGGUUUGGAUUCGGCGAGAGAUCUUCUCCAGAAAACAAUCACGGACCUUUUACAGACGUUCAAGAAAGAGCUGGCAGGCGGCAGCAUGGGCGGUGGACUCCAGUUCCCAUCCAACUUGCGAGGCCUUCCAGCAUUGUUCCUCGGCUUGAUGAAGCAUGUUGGUCUGAGGAAGUCGGCCCAGAUUCCAUCGGAUUUGAGGUCGGCUGCUCUGUGCCUUCUUUCCACUCUUCCGGUUCCUCUUUUGAUGCAGUACAUCUACCCCCGGCUGUACUCUCUUCACGAUAUGCCUGACAAUGCCGGUAUUCCGGACCCCGAAACAAGUCAAAUCGUGCUCCCGCCCCCUCUCAACUUGUCAUCAGAAAAGUUUGUUCCCUACGGUCUGUAUCUAAUUGACGACGGGCAAACACAAUUCCUGUGGGUGGGUCGCGAAGCGGUGCCUCAGCUUCUUGUUGAUGUGUUUGAUGUUGCGGACCGGACGCAGCUCCAGGUUGGCAAGGCCACACUCAAAGAGCUGGACAAUGACUUCAAUGAGCGGGUCCGGGCUGUCAUUCAGAAGAGUCGAGACCACAAGUCCAAGGGCGUGGGAAGCAUCAUCGUCCCGCACCUCUACAUUGUUCGGGAGGAUGGCGAGCCUAGCUUGAAGCUAUGGGCUCAGACAUUGCUGGUGGAGGACCGGGCGGACCAAGGACUGAGCUACGUACAAUGGAUGGGCUCCUUGAGAGAAAAGGUUGUUCAAUAAUCAAGGGGCGUCGUAGUUUAGGGGAUAUCGAACGCAGCAUUCUACAGGGUGUUUCGAGAACCAAGCAAGGCUAGAGAAAGAAGUUUUACGAGUUUACAUCAAUGAAUAGCUAUUCCCAACCCACGUUACCGGGAUGACUGAAUACUGUGUGGUCCGGGGGAGGUGACCAGCCUACAUGU